AUGCCGGACAUGCCGGCCCUCUUUCACCAGUCGGCUUCCCCACCCAAGCUCGACCUCGCCAGCGCCAACUCGCAGUUCUUCCAAGUUCCCAUGUCUGCAUCGGCCUCUUCAUCCCUCUACUCGCUAUCCGUCAGUCGCAAGCGAGCCCGUCGUGACACCGAAAAACUAUCCUCCAAGUUCGAGGCCUCGUCCGAAGUAGCCUCCGCCUCUCCACUUCUCCAAGCCGAGUACGGCAAAACAAACAGCCAUGAUCAGUUCCUUCACUCCGCCGACCUCGACUACCGUCCCAACCGAUACCGCGAGUCAUUCCUACCACCCUCGCUCGACAACAGUGUGGACUCCUUAGAUCCUGACCUCCACGGGACAAGCCGUAAGCGCACUCGGCGCGACUCGAUCCUCACAUCACCCUGCGCUGAGGAUGCCAGCCCCAACUCCACAAGGAGCAUCGGCUGGGGACGAACGGAAAGGUCCUCGAUCUCUGCUGGUCGGGGGGCUUUCCGAGGCUUCUACGCUGGCGGAGGACAAGGAUACGACAUGCAGGCCGGCUCACCAGCUCCGUUCACUGCGAGCUGGGAGGCUGGACCGGCUUCAGCAGAAAAGGAACGUAUUUUCCGAACUCCCAUCCCCGGGCAAUACCCCGAGGAAGAUAUCGAUCGGAGCUGGGUCGUGAUACCGUCCGACCCGACCGAUCCAUUCGGGGGCGAUGGCGCCAGCAGUCCCUCCGCGCGACCCCGUCGUAUUCAUCAGGCGUCCAGCCCCCGUCGUCGACCAGCAGUCAUGCCGAAAUUGAACAAACGAACCAGUUCGUCUAUGCGGCCCUCCACUCCCACGAGACAUCAGGGGCUACCUUCACCCCGGUUGAGUCAAGGGCCUGGCUCAGCUGAGAUGCAACGAUACGCAGCACAAAUUCGCCGGAGGGAGCGGGAAGAAGACGCCAGCAUCAAGCGAUUGAACCGGCAACUUCAAGCAAUGAUUCGGGAAGGUAAACAGGCAUUAGGAUCGACGGUGGAGGUGGAUGACCUGGACAUGGACUUUGACUGA